AUGGCCGACUGGUGGACACAGCCUUCAACACCGGCAAGGUCAGGCGCCUUUGCGACGCCGGCGCGCGCGUCCAUGUCGUCGUCGCGCUCCCGCUUCGUCUCGGACGACCCAGACCCGUCCGCCGCAGACGGCCCAAAGUUUCUCCCCUCGUUCGCGCAGAGCCCAGCCGGCAAGGUGGCCCUGGGAUCACCCACAGGCGCUGCCUCGCCACCGGUGAUCAAGCGCUCCCCCCAGCAGCGUUUCACUGGCGGUUCGCUCAACGAGAGAACCAUGUCCGUGUUUGCUUCCAACACUAACAUGUACUACAGCGCUAGCUCCCCCCGCCAGAGUCUUGCGUUAAGCCGCUCGGCACGGCCUCCCGCGCCUGUCCCGAUGGAUGAGGAUCCCAUCCCCACCUCGUCGCUGUACGACGAGGCGGCGUCGUCGUCGAGCCGCCCCGCCCCACCAGCCGCCACCACCCAGCUUGCGCUCGCAACCCCCGUGACGCUCGAGGCGAGUGCCGACACCACGACACUGCACGUCUUUGGACCGCCCGUCGAGUACCUGUCUUCGCUCAGGCCAUACCUGGAGAACAUUGGGCCCGUCGUCUCGUACGUCGCUGGACCAGACGGAUCAAACUGGUGGACGGUUCAGUACACCGACCCCCUUUACGCUUCCUACGCCCUCCGUCGCCAUGGCGAGAUUGUCGGCGGACGCUGGAUGCUCGCCUUCAAGGUCGCUGGUCCAGGCAGCACGCAGGGCCUCACUCUCGUCAACGGCGUCGCGCCUGCGCCUGUCGGCAACACCCAGGCCGGCCCCGGUACCCCCUUCGAGAUCAAGAGCACGAACAUUAUCCGCGCAAAGCCAAAACAGGCUGUUCAGAAGGACGACUAUGCUUGGGAGGAGCCUGAGCAGCCCACGAGUAUUUUAGGCCGCGCCGCGGAGCUGAUUUUCGGCCGCUAG